CAAGUGCAACUCUGAACAUGCUGUGAGCUGCAUUUUGACGAUCCUUGAUGACUAGAGGAUUGGUAAAGAUUGAAGGCAUAAGUUAAAAUUAUCCAAACCAAUAAUAUAGAUUACUGAUGGGAAAUUCAGUUGCUGGUAAAAUUAUUAAAUUUACCCUGUAUUUGUUAAUCUCCAUAUUUUUUCUCUACUACUAUAAUUUACAGAGAAUGGAUAACAAGAACUUAUCCAAGUACUGACUUUCGUAGUCAAUUUUGUUUCCCUUUUGUUGAUGGCCCGCUGAGCUCCACCACUUUGUGAUAUUGGUCCAUGAACUCCUUAAUUUAGUAAAUUUUCAUAUUGGUGGUUUCUUUAACUGGAUGUGCACUGGGGGAAAAAAGGCAAAAGCAAAGUUGCAUCAUACACCUACUACUACAAGGAUAAUGUUAAUUUUUUUAUCCUGAACUACAAUAGUUCCAGUCAGUACAACAGUCAACGUUCUUCAUAUCUACCAUGUUUGAUUCAGCUAAUACAGUAUUUGUGACAAUUUUGUCAGUAACUGUCACACUAAAGUAUGUCCACAUUAACAAUAAAUGCUGCUGCAGUUUACAUGACUUUCUUGAGUGUGUCAUAGUACAAAUUUUAAACCUAACAGAUGAUAGGUGCAAGAAAACAAACAUGAUUACAAGAAACACUUGCUUCAGUGCUAUCCCACAUAAGAUACCACUCAAUUUCUAGAAGCAGUGUUGGCUAGCAUUGAGGAGCUCAUUUGCACAAGCAAAGAAUAUCCCAUAUAUAUUGCCACAUUAUGAGACCAGAGGUGGGGCCAGAAUAAAAACUUUGACUUGGCAUUCCACUGAUUCCCUUCCAUUUCCAUGGGGUCCAUGAGAUCUCCAGAAUUGCUGAUGGAGCAAAAGCUUCUCUCCACGGGAGAAAGUGAAGAGGCAACUACUGGAACAACAGGUCAGUUUCUCUUCUCGAUUUCCUUCUCAUAAUCUCUUAAGAUACUUAAACCAUCCUAUUCAGGGCGCACAUCGUUUCAUCAUCUUUAUUUUAUAUUUCUUUGUUUUGUUUUCUGUCCAUUUGGCUCGCGUGGUACAAUGGUGAUGCUCUAACAGACGCCCUGUUAAAUCUCAGCAUUUUGGAUGUGACCUGCUGCAGCACCAGACCAUGUAGGCACAAAGUUCAUUUCUCACCAGUGCUACAUACCGUUCACCGACGGAAUUGAUGUUUACAUUUCAGCCAAGACUCUGGAACUACUCUGAAAACAGCUGAAAUCUCGGCCGUUCGAUCGUAUUCGAACGGUCGGAUCGGGGCAGAUUUUCCUACAUCGCGUGCCGACGGAAAUGGCUUGAUAAUAGUUCCUCAACCUCCCCUUUGCCAGUACAAUUCUCAAUAUAUAAAAGAAAGCCAUCGGCGAAUACGCUCGUGGCUCGCAUUGUUGACACGGUGGUAGGCCAUGGCGAUCGAUCGACCAGAAAGCUUAAAUAAGACCUAACAGAGCCAGUGUUCUCCCUCUCGUCUCUCUUCGAUUGCAAGAAACUUUUUUCUUUUUUGCGAUCGAUCCAGCAGCAUUUACAUUGGCCUCUCUCUUCCCGUUGUUUAUUCAUGGGAAGAUAUGGAUGGACAGUGACGCGGUACCAAGAAUGUUAAAGCCUGUGAUUAAGAUGCAAGGGAGGGAGGAGGGCAACGUGAUUGCGAGAAAGGAAUAGUAAAGCAGAGGAUUAAGAGGCAGAAAGGCUUAGCUUCACCCAGCCUCGAAGCAACACUGCAACUCUCCUCCUCUCUUCCUCUCUUUCUCUCUUCUCUGACCACUCCUCCAAGAUGGCUAGGUAGAUGGCUAGCUAAGGCAUAUAUUGGUGUGCUUUGCCUCUGCCUGUUUUUCAGCUUGGUUAUAGCUGCAGCAACAGCAGCAGCAGCAGCUGAGGUGAAUGAAUGCAUGGUAAGGUGAAUUCAGGGUGCAGAGGUAGGCGAGUGGUAGUAGCUGGGACCAUGGGCUGGCUCCAGUCUCUCCUCGCGCCUCUCAAGAAGCUCUGGAUCCGCAUGCAUUCCGCCCAGAGGAAGAAGAGAGGGAUCUACAUCCUGUACGAGGACGUGAAGUCGUGCCCGUGCGAGGACGUGCAGAUACUCUGGUCCAUCCUCGUCGAGUCCUCCCACGGCGGCGGCCAUCACCACCACCACCCGCAGCCGCUGCGGCUGAAGCAGUGACAACGACGGCGGCGACGGCGACGACGACGAUGACGAACUCUUCCGGGCCGGCGUCCGAGCGACGAGCACGGCGCUCCGAGACGUAACCGACGGCGGCGCGGCGAGCAGCAAAGAGGUGUCGGUGUACAUAAGAAGACGACGAGCGGUGUUAGCAGCUUCGCCGUGGUAGGGAACAGAGCGAGAGAGUCGUUUUCAUUUCAGUUUCUUUCGCAUUUUCGCCAACGUUUUGAGCCACGGAAAUGGCGUGCAUAAGCCGAUGAGCUCCUCCUCUCUCUCGCUUAGCUCGGAUGUGUCUCACCGACACUGCGAGCUAGGAAGCGAGUUUUUUUUUUUUUCCUUUGGUUGUCACUCUCCUUUACUUUUCGAAAAAGGAACGGCACAUGUAACGCUCGGUUGGUGAUCGCCGGGGUCAAUGGGCCACGCGUGCCAGUGGCUUUGUACAUACAAAAAGCAAGAACAUAUCAAGAAAAAAAGGAAAAGAAAAGAAGACGACGAGAAAAAGUAAAGUUGUGCAUAUUGUAGAAGCA